AGAAAUUAUCGAUAACACCGGUAAGGAGAAUGGAAUCGACAUUGUGAUGCCAGAGAGGACUUACCAUUUGAUCGCAGAGUCUGCCGAGGAUGCCAGCCAGUGGUUCAGCGUGCUGAGUCAGGUCCACGGUUCGACAGAGCAGGAGAUCAGAGAGAUGCACGAUGAGCAGGCCAACCCCCAGAAUGCUGUGGGCACGUUGGAUGUGGGGAUGAUCGAUUCGGUUUGUGCGUCAGAUAAUCCGGAAAGGCCAAACUCCUUCGUCAUGAUCACGGCGAACCGCGUCCUGCACUGCAACGCCGACACGCCCGAGGAGAUGCACCACUGGAUCACUCUGCUGCAGCGCUCCAAGGGAGACACCCGCGUGGACGGGCAGGAGUUCAUCAUCAGAGGUUGGUUGCACAAAGAGAUGAAGAACAGUACCAAAACCUCACUGAAGCUGAAAAAGCGCUGGUUCCUGCUUACCCACAAUUCCCUGGACUACUAUAAGAGCUCCGAACGUAACGCCCUGAAGCUGGGAACGCUGGUGCUCAACAGCCUCUGCUCAGUGGUUCAGCCCGACGAAAAGGUCUUCAAAGACACUGGCUACUGGAACGUGAUCGUGUACGGCCGUAAACACUCGUACCGUCUGUACUGUAAGCUGCUGAACGAGGCCACGCGCUGGGCCAACUCCAUCCAGAACGUCAUCGACACCAAAGCGCCGAUCGACACGCCGACGCAGCAGCUCAUCCAGGACAUCAAG